AUGAGCGCACGCACUUUUCGCGACCAGUCCCCCCAUCGCCCAGCUACCAGCUCCGGGCCUGUCGGGUCCGGACCUCCACCCAUCGAUGUGCCUCCAUUACCUUCCCUCCCGACGCAGUUCUCACCGCGGAAACUGCCGAACCGACGUACGGUGAGUGUAGAGCCCUCGAUACGUUCGCCUCCAUUGUCUCCACCGCGUGCUGGGAUGAGGGGCGUGGAUCGGGAACGUGGACGAGGGUCUCCGAUCCAGCUAGCUACACAUCAACGUGUGACUGGCCUUGGGACAGUUCCAGAAUUGGAACGAUCAGCUAGUCGGAAUUCGGUGAAUUUCUCAUACCCCAUGGGCUCGCGAUCUACUUCGUCAAUUGCGAUGCCUGAGAAUACUCCGAUGAGCCUUCGCGAUGCUAUCCAAGAAUCGAUCGCUGAAAUAUCUGACAAAAUUCCAAAAGGGAAACCAAGGACACAGCCAUCUGGCAGUCUAGAGGAAAGCUUUGUUGCAAACCAAUCUGGUCAUUUGGCUGGCUCCGCAGGUGCUGCGGCCCAAGCGGUUUGCGUGCCAAAUGAAAGGCCAAGUGCGAAUGUUCAGACUGGGAACGUGCGAAAUUCGCCUCAAGAGGCCGAUGCUCUAGACCAACAUACCGGUAAAACAAUGCCUGUUGUAACGAGCGCGGAAAGUGAACACCCAUCCUCCCGAGCCGUUCCUGAGCGGUGGCCAUCUACCGUUCGAGAAGAGCCCGAAGAUGACGAUUUGAAUGUCGAAGGUAUCCCCAUACGGAAAGGCAGAGAGCGCACGACGAGUGCAUCACCAACUGCUGAUAACGUAGAGGCAGCGCCAAUGCCAUCAUCAUCAUCACCCUCGUCAGGACUGCAAAUAGGGCAGCAGCCACGCCGUCAGUCGAGCAGCCCAGGUCGAACUGCUCGUUUUUCCAGAUUGCUCUCUGUAGCUGGAACCGAUGAUCAAGUUCACCAGCCUCCGCUCAGAUCAGUAUCUCCCGUCAAAUCAGCCUUGAAACAUCCAAGGGGAGGCUCUUUGUCGCCUGAUGGGAGGGUUGGAGUAACCGGUCGAGCUCUUACAUCGAACGAACUAUCAGAUGGCACCUCAGUGGCUUCAGACGAAGGAUCCCGGGUGGACACUAGAAAAAAAUCUGCCAAGGUCAGUUUUGAUGAUGAAGCUGAAGUCGUCAAUCUAGCAGCUAGCCCUCCUACCUCACCGGAAGAAUAUACGUCUGAUUUCCCGCCUGCUGGUAAAGCCAAGCCUCGUACGAAUUGGCUCGGUGUUGGCAAGAAGAAGUCGCCCGCGGACUUUGCGAGCGACGAUGACUGGGAUGUAGUCAUCAAACCCCGUAAAGUUCUUCCAUCUUUUGGUAGCAUUCGGGGGAGCCGAGGUGGUGCUCUCAAAAGAUCACCAAUUCCGGAUUUUAGUGACAACGAGUCCUGCCCUUCAUCUGCAUCUGAUGUGGCGCCAAGACCAGACAUAUCACUUUCAAAGGAAUACUUCCAACCAAGCGGAUUAGGCGCUCUGGAGAAGUUGUCUGUCAACGGCAGUUUGCAUACUUUGUGCUCGGAUGCCAACAAGCGAGAGGCUGGACUCACCGACAAUAUCACUGAGAAACAGCCGUGUUCUAGCGUGGGCUCAACAUUGUCCGUGCCUACUAUUGCUGUCGAGCCUGCUACGCCACCAGCAGAUGGAACCAAUCAAAGUUUCGACCUGAAGAGAUAUGGCAUGGACCAGUAUAGGAUUCCGGGAGGAUUCGCGCCCUCCAGCACAGACCGCACUCUUGAUUCGGGUGCGAAGAAAACGACCGCUCAGGCCGUGGCGAGCGCUGUUCCAAGGCUGGACGAUGUGGAUACCGAGGAGGAGUCUGGUGAUAGCAUCUACAGCGAUGCAGCGGAAAAUAUGGACGGUGAUGGGUAUGGAUCCAUCAAUGCCAUUAUCGAUAGCCGAUCAGCCCCUAGGUCAGCACUGAUUGAGGAGAAUGUGAGCGAAUCUAGGGACGCAACACCGAGGCCUAUCGGUAGAGCCGCCAUCUUGGAUAGUCAAUCACAAGAUGUGACGGUUCAACCACUUGAGGAGCACUCCGUGACACCAACGCAUGGCUCGGUCAACCGCCUGGUAGAGGAAUUCCCAGCCUCUUCGGUUGGGCAUGGACUUGGUUCUACAUACCCACCGGUACCAACUCAGUUGCAAACUCGCACAGUGACUGGUCAAAAUGGCAGCGUCCAAGCACAGCGCACUAUGCAACCCCGCCCUAUGUCGGCAGACGUGGAUGGCGCGUCUCGUACACAGGAUCUUCGGUGGUCGAGCAACGAUGCUUCCCUGCAAGGUAGUAGGGCCAAAUUGCGUACACUGUCUGUCGGUCCGACUUUCCACAGUCUAGGAGGGCAAACAGGUAUCCCUGAUACUCUCCGCCGGAAUGUAUCGAAUGGGAGUGAUUCCUCAAGUAGCUUCAAACGCUCUUCUCCGCGUCCGGAUACCCACUCCAUGCGACGGACAAUGAGAGCCGGUACUGCUGGUGCUAACGUUCGAGUCCUAUCUCCAACGGAACGCAAUGAGUUUCCCAUUGAACAUCGUCCUCUCUCAUCUGGCUCCUCGAACGGCGCAAUGCGCAAGACUCUCAGAGGACCUACUGGAGGUGAGCGAUAUUCGUUCUUCUCGACGAACAAGAAGGCCCUACCGCGAGCGAAGUUCACCAAGGCGCCCCCUAGGUCAGCGCGAGCAACUCGGUUGGCAAAUUCAGAUGGCGAGGAUGAAGCCCGGCCUCAGGUCUUCACCAGUCGAUUCGCAGAUUCCAGCGAUGAAGAUGAGCCUGGAAGCAAUAAGCUACGCCCCGUCCGCGGUAUUCCCCGUCGCCAAGGUGCCGACGAUGGCGACUCGACAGAGUUGGAAGAUAGCUCAGAAGAAAGCGCCCAGCAGCAAGCACUACCGGUGCUUGCAUCUCAUAAAAUGACCUCACCAUCCGGGUCCCGCGGAAAGAGCGCCCGAAACAUGUCUGGAAUGGCAGCUGUGGCCAAACAACGUGGCAUGUCGCAGAGAGACUUGGAGGAGUUCAUCAUGGCGCCUCCCGGUGGUCGGAAGCGAGGACUUCUCACCCGGCUUGGCAUCAAGAAACCCAAGAACCCGGAUCAUAGAGUUUUCCAAACUGAAAUCGAGAGCCCCCUAGAGCGGUCGUAUCUAGAACUCGAUCAACCACGCAGUGAGGGGAUGGUGAAUGAGAACUAUGUCAUCACACCAACCACAGUGUCUGCCGGGAAUCCUGAAUCGCCUCGCUCGGCCAAGCUGGUGAAGAGAAACUCUAAACGCCAGUCGACAGGCCCGGACACUUGGCCUCUUCACUCCAAUCCCAAGGAAGAAGCGUCUCUCCAGCCAGUUGCGGAACAACCAUACAGCGCCUCAUCGUCUACUCUUCAAAAACAGAAUCCCGCGCUGCCAACACAUGGUGCAGGUGCAGCACAAAGUGGAAGCACCGUUCUCGAUGGGAAUGGUGCUCACAGUGCAUCUCCGAUUGCGAAUGGGCCCGGGGCACCCCACGAAAGACCGGAUCCGAACAGUGACAGCACCUCUGAAGUGACAACCCCCGAUAACCAUGGACUUUCAGUGCGCGAUGUCGUGAUUGCUGGCUCGGGACGAAAGAAACGAUUUCCUCUUUUCCGGAAGGCAUUCGGUCUAUGCGCUUGA